AUGUCCGUCCAGCCCACCCAGCCCGAGUCAGCCGCCGGCACUUCCGCCGAGACUCAACCCCGUCAGCCCAUCUGGCUCCGAUGCGAAAAGAAGCCGCACGAGCACCGGUCGGCCUUGACCCCGACCACAGCCCGAACGUUGAUGGAUAACAACUUUGAGGUGUUUGUCGAGAGGGACCCGCAGCGGAUCUUUGACGACAAGGAGUUUGAAGACGUCGGUUGCAAGAUGGUUCCGAACAAUGAAUGGCCUAGUGCGCCUGUCGAAGUACCUAUCAUCGGCCUGAAGGAGCUUCCGGAGUCAUCUGACCCCCUCCCGCACACGCACAUCCAAUUCGCCCACUGCUUCAAACAUCAAGGCGGCUGGCAGUCCGUCCUCCGCCGAUUCCGUCAAGGCGGUGGAACAUUGUACGACCUCGAAUUCCUCGAAGACCCCGAAACCAAGCGCCGAGUCGCUGCCUUUGGGUUCCACGCGGGUUUUGCGGGCGCAGCGGCGGGUGCGCUCGCCUAUGCCGCUCAACAGCAGAGCGGGGGGCAAGGAAAGCUGGCAGGGCUGAAGCCGUAUGAUAAUGAGGCGGCGAUGGUGAAGCAUGUGCAGGCGGGGUUGGAGGGUGUGGAGGGGGGACUUGGGGAGGUGCGGGUGUUGGUUAUUGGCGCGUUGGGGCGGUGUGGGAGUGGGGCGGUGGAUCUGUUUAGGAAGGUGGGGAUCAAGGAGGAAAACAUCAUCAAGUGGGAUAUGGCAGAGACGGCCAAGGGCGGGCCCUUCCAGGAGAUCCUCGAUGUCGACAUCUUUGUCAACUGCAUCUACCUCUCCAAGCCCAUCCCCAAAUUCGUCACGUCGGAAUUCAUGGCCCAGGCUGGCGAGUCUAGGCGGCUCAGCGUCGUCGUGGAUGUGUCGUGCGACACCACCAACCCCCACAACCCUAUUCCCAUCUACGGCAUCAAUACGACCUUCCCCGAACCGACCGUCGAGGUGGACACCAAGGGCGUCGGGAAGCGGUGUACCGUCAUUUCGAUUGAUCAUCUGCCUACUCUUCUCCCCAGAGAAGCCUCGGAACAAUUCAGCAAAGACCUCCUCCCGUCCCUGCUUCAACUCCCCGAUAGGGCAUCCGCCAAGGUCUGGACCAACGCCGAGAAGCUCUUCCAGGAGAACCUCGAGGAGGCGCGUUUGGACGAUGAGAAGAAUGGGAUUAGGGACUAG